AUUUUUAUUGUAGUUUUAGAACUUUUAUUAUAGAAGGCAUUUUAGUUCUUUUUAUUAACUACAGAUGGCGAUAUGAGAGAGAUUUUUCUAACAGAACAGUUAGUUGGAAAAAUCUAUUUUUAGAAGAAGCCACCAAAAUAAUGAAGUGUUGGAAUGUCUGUUCUAGAUUUACCUUCUCUAAAGGAUAUCACUUAUACAAAAGAAGUCAAUGACAUAUAGAGAACAUUUAUAAAAAAAUUCCUAAAAACUUUAACAGAUUAAUUUUAAUUAAUAGAAUUAAAUACCUCUACUUGACCAUAUUAAUUACAUUUAAUUAUUCUUACAUAUAGUAUCAAUAAUAAAAGAAAAUUCCAUACAAAAAUAAGCUGAUGUCAUUAUUUAUGUAAGAACAUAUACAAGUUACUUUACAUAUAAUUAUAAACAAGUACAUAUACGUAUAUACAGUUACUUUAAUAACAGCAUAAUCAUUGUCAUACAAGUUUUCAUUUGAGAAAAAUAAUUUCCAUCCUUGUAACUCUUUAAUAUCAUUUUUUCUAUUCGUCUCUCUCUCUCUCUUUUUUUUAAAUUUAAAAAUGAGUAAAGUUAAAAAAUUAGCAUCUACAAAAUCUUGUGCACUUUCAAAAUCAUCAGCCAGCAGUUCGGAAGGUGUCCAGUUAAGAAAGUGUAAUUCUUUGGGAGAGACACUUAAAGGGGAUUCACAACCGAAACCGACUUUAAGCGUCUGCAAAUUUCCUCGAAAAUUCACUCAUAGUUGGAAAAAAGAUAAAAGACAAAUAUCUAGUCCAAAUAAAGCAGUUUGCUCCACUUCAUCGUCCAGUUCUUCGUACGAAGUACCUUGUUUGGACCCUUCGGGUGGAGCAUCACCAUUAGGAAUGCCUCUAACGAAACAGAAAGAAGAACGAGGUUUUGAUUCAUGUACACUUGGAUCAGGCAAAAGUUUGUCAUCGGAUUGUCCUCUUUCUGCUAGCAAUGUGAAUUGCUUGAAUAUAUCUUUACAUCAAAAUCAUUGUUGCAAUUUUAGAAGUUUCUUAAUAAACCUUUGACAUCAACCAUGUUUAUUUUCCAAAGUUACAUUUUCAGGAAACAGCAAAAAAAUAAGUAUCAUCGUGAAUUGUGAAUGAACAAAUAUGGAAAAUUAUCAAGAUCAUUUGUUGAAGGUUUUUUGAUAAACAUGAUAUUUAAAGAAGCAAUUAUAAACAGAUAUUUUUUUAUUAAAAAAUCUUGAAUUAUAAAUCAGAUUUUAUGCUGAUGUACAAGUUCUUUCAAAAGAACUUUGAUAUUAACAUCAUUAUAAUGGUUUUCUUUUGAGUUACUGUUUGAUAACUAUGAAAUAUCCAGCUUCCAAUAAAGAUUUUUAUACCAAUUUAAAAAAGUCAUGUUUUAAUAAAUAUUCAAAUAGUUUCUUUUAUGUGCUGUUAAUCACCAACAAUAUUAUGUUCUUUUAGGCAUAUUUAUUAUA